AAUAAAGUCUGAACGUAUUUUUAGUGAGUGAACCAAUAUUUGUAAAAUGGUUGCAACCCGUGAAGAAGACUUUGAAUGUGGAAUCGGCAAAUUUCGACCGAAAUUCCUUCAGCACUUUGCCAACAUCAAUGCAUUUGUGGGAGUGUAUAGUAUAGUUGGCAUGAUAUCUCAGACUCUUAGCGUCUACGUUAAUACACAGGUACCAAAUCUGGAGCGACAGUUUGGUUUGAAUAGCGCCCAGAGCGGACUAGUAAUGGCCUUCAAUGAUAUAGGAUUUUUUACGGUUGUUUUAUUUGUGUCGGCUGCUGCUAGGUUUGUACACAUCCCCCGCAUGCUAUUUUUAUGCAUUUUAUUGUACGGAAUUUCUGGACUUACAUGCAGCAUCCCCCACUUCAUCGCUGUGUCAAGAGGCCUUUUGCCUACUCUGAACUUGGAUUCAGUGGUCACGAACGCCACAAAAAAUAGCGAUAAAGUGAACCUUCUUUGUCGCCCAGGGUUCAAUGUCACUGAAGAAGAGUGCGAAUCUAGUACAGAACACCCAAACAAAGUUUUAACUGCACCGAGUUAUUCAAUUAAGAAUCUUGCAUUGGUCUUGAUUGGGAUUGGUAUGACCCUACAGGGCAUUGGAAAAGCCCCACGGGGUCCCUAUUACAUGGUGUAUGUUGAUGACAACAUUGACCGAAGAAAAACUGGAUUUUACUCAGGUAUUGCCAUUGCUUCGUCUAUAUUCGGUCCAGCAAUUGCAUUUGGACUCGGGGGAUACUUCAGCAGACUGUACAUAACUUUAGAAGAUGUUGAUAUGGACACACGGGACCCCCGCUGGAUAGGAGCUUGGUGGUUGGGUUUUCUUGUCUUUGGUUCGGUGUCCAUUAUCCUAGCAUUCCCUCUGGCUCUGUUUCCAAGACAACUGAAAAUGUCCAAAAAAGAUAUAGCAAAGGGAAAAGUUCAAGAAAGGCCAAUUAUUCAGGAAAGCUCAUUUUCUGAGAAACUUAAAUUGAGCGUUAAGGGAUAUUGGAAAGUGGUUCGAAAUCCCGUUUUUCUUCUCACGUCUGCCAAUCAAAUCUUCACCAUAAUGUCGGUCGGGGGAUUCUCUGGCUUCAUGGCAAAAUUUGUGAAGACACAUUUCAAUAUACCACUGUCGCUUGCCAACUACAUAUUAGCUGGCGCUAAUAUAUCGGCAGUAGCUUGCGGUUCAUUUCUUGGAGGUAUCGUCACAAGGAAAAUAGCGAUGACUCCCAGAAACGUUUACAAAAUGAUAUUAGGUUUCUAUAUCCUUAACGUGGUGUUCUUGGCUCUCGCCAUGGUCAUGAGUUGCCCACAACCAACUAUCAUUGGUCCACGAGAAAACAUCCCUGGGUAUGUUGACAUUUCCUCACAAAAUUGCUCACUUGAUUGCACAUGUCAGGAUGACAACUUUUUCCCUAUAUGCGGUUCAAAUAAGGUCAAUUACCAUUCUCCAUGUUUUGCCGGAUGCCAGGAAUUAUAUAGAAAUGGUCGUAUGUUCUCCAAUUGUUCCUGUAUACCCGACGGUCAGGCGGAAGCAGGUUUAUGUGAAUCCAACUGUCCCUAUCUGAUACCAUGGGUCAUCUUUAUUUUCCUCUCCAGCAUAUCAGCGGCGAUGAAAAUACCACCUAAUGUGAUUGCUAUCAUAAGAUCUGUUGAUGACAGGGACAAAGCAUCAGCGAUUGGCCUGAACAGCUGUUUGGUAUCUGCUCUUGGCUGGGGAUUAUCGCCAAUACUUUUUGGCAAGGUGCUGGAUGGUUCCUGUCACAUUUGGCAGUUUCCAUGCUCAUCUUCCGGCGCGUGUGAACUUUAUGACCUUCGAUCUUUCCGACUUUCCUUCCACGGACUUUCCCUCGGUAUGAGAUGUGCAUCAUUAGUUUGCUUAAUCUGCCUUGUUAUAUGGACGAGGAAUUGGAAAGACUGGAAAUAUGCCAAUAAAACGGUUCCGUCAGAUCAUAGGGUGGACGUAAAGUAUACAAAAGUGCCAACUGAAAAUAAAAACACUAACGGUGAACAGCUGAGUCCAAAUUCUGACUAACAAGAUUCAAGGAAAACAUCAAAAUGAACAGCGUGAAAUGUUACCAAUUGUUACUAAUUAUGAAAAAAAGUUUUAAGAACCUUUUUAAAUGAUCGUUUUUACAUUCAAAAGAAAGACAUUUUUACCUUGAGAACUUUUGAGUUCAUUACAAGCAAAAAAUCGUAUAUACUAUAACUACAUGUACUUGGUCCCCAAAGUUAGACCAUGAUUAUUACACCAAUACAAUAUUGAACAAGAGAUGUUUUUGAAACACUUAUGCCCCCCCCCCCCCCCGAAUAAUUGGAAUUUUUCUAAGUCCAAGGGGCAUAACUCUGUCAAAAAUUCCUCGAUCGUACCCAAAACAACACUUGACCUAGAUAUUCUAAUAAUAAAUCUGUACACCAAAUUUCAUUUCAGUAUGUGCAACCCCUGUAAAGAAAAUGAACGGAAACUGCAAAUAAUUGGAAUUUUUCAAAGUCCAAGAGGCGUUACUCUGUCAAAAAUUGCUCGAUCAUCUCCAAAACAGUACUUAACCUAGAUAUUUUUAUGAUAUAUCUGUACACCAAAUUUCAUUUCAUUAUGUGCAAGCUCUGCAAAGAAAAUGAACGGAAACUGAAAAUAUUUGGAAUUUUUCUAAGUCCAAGGCGCAUAACAAAAGUUGACCCAGAUAUUUUUAUGAUGAAUCUGUAUAUUAAAUUUCAUAUCAGUAUGUGCAACCUCUGCGAAGAAAAUGAACGGAAACUGUUGGUGGACCGACAGACAGACCGACCGACCGACAGACAGACAUCAGCAAAGCAAUAUGCCCUCCCUUCUUCGAAGGGGGGCAUAAUAAGAAAACAAAAAUAAUUUAUUAUUCAAUUCAAGUCAUAAUUUUAAGUGGAAUUAUGAAAAAGAUAACAUACAAUUGCGAAUUUGUUGACUUGAACAAAUGUGAAGUUACACACUAAAGACAAUUGCUAAACAAUAUUGCGUUUUUAGGCUUCAUUGCCAAAAGGGAAGAAACACGAAGCUGCAUGAAAUAUGGAGAAGAUAACGAACAGUAUUCAAGCUCAAAAUCCAUUAAGACAAUACAAAUCGGGAGCAGAGCAAACACGAACCUCCAAAAACACCAGAGGUGGGAUCAGGUGCCAUGGAGGAGUGAGCAUCCCUUGCCGACAGGUCACACCCGUGUGCUCCUUGUCAUGAUCGGGAAAAAACGGGGAAAUCCUUAGACAAUUCAGUAUGUAAAUAAUGGCCUAACAAUAAGUUUGAAUAACGUCAGUCAGCAUUUGACUUAAUGACAGGUUGUAUUUGCUGACAACUUGGAAAUGCUUCGAAUUAGACUGUUGAUAUCCUUGUUUCAACUUGUUUGUCAAUAGCUUGCCUCGUUUUAGAAAUUGUUCAUACGUAGAGCAUGCUCAUGUGUAUCGAAUCAAAUGGGAAACAAAAACCCUAUAUGCAGGUUAUAAGGGUAUAUUGCUACAUAAGUAAGGGGAGUUGACAAUUGAAAAUUUGAAGUCAUCACGUUUUUCAUAAAGCUUUGUUGUUAGGUUUCCAUUUAAGUCUUGUUCUAGUAAAAUAUCAAAUUAUGAAACAGAUGUGUCAGACUCUGUGGUAUCUUUUAUUUCAAGCUCACUUUGAUAUAUCGAAUCGACAUAUGAAGGAAGUAACUAUUGUUAAUUGAUAUUACGUCGUCGAUAUAUGUGAAUGUCGAGUUGAAGGCCACAGCAAGUGUUUUCUUCUUCUCAUGUAGUUCUAAGUUUUUGAAUAAAUUCUGCUUCAUAUGAAUACAAAAAUAGGUCUGCUAACAAGUGGGGGUGCAAUUGGUACCCUUGGAAAUUUCCAAAAGAUUGUUGAAAGCCCCGGGGCCACGAACGUUUUAUUUUACUCAACUCAAAUCUGAGUUUAACUCUAAGUUUUUUACUCACCUGAGUUACGACUCAAAAAAGUGUGCCACGAAAGUUAAAGCAACUUAACUCCGCUGAGUAACAAAACUCAAAUUAUUUUUUUAUGAUGUAAGUGGCCUUGGCAAUGUAAAUAAAAGAAAAAUAAAUAAUGAAAAACAUAA